AUGAGUGCACUCAAAGAUAGUCGGUUCAGUCCGGUCAACAAGGAGGAACUACCCAAACUUCAAGUAUCCGUGUCCGUUUUAGUAAAUUUUGAAGAAGCCAGGGACUACCUAGAUUGGGAUAUUGGCAAGCAUGGAAUUCGAAUAGAGUUCAGCAAUGAGAAGGGCCACAAACGAACGGCAACCUAUCUUCCAGAGGUAGCUCCCGAACAAGGUUGGGAUAAGAUCCAGACGAUCGACUCCCUUCUGCGGAAAGGCGGAUUCAAGGGCGUGAUCACGAACGAGGUGAGAAAGUCGAUCCGGCUGACCAGGUACCAAAGCGAGAAAAUCAUCCUGUCUUACUCGGACUACCUGCAUAGAAACAGCUACGUGCGUAACGGACGCAUCUGAUAUACGUGUACAGUCACACAGGAGGUCCUCCCACUCGUAGCACUCGUUACUGUUAGCCUGGGUCUCAUGUGUGGUGUCUACUGGCUGAACUGGGCAUUGGUCGCCAGCUGAUGAUGACGGUGCCCCGCAGCCAGUGACAGACAUUAGGAAAUUGAAUUUUUUAUACGUAUUAGCUCGCGUUGUCGACAGCUGUGUGUCGGCGGUAGUGAUUGCAGGUAGGAUGAUGCACUCGUACGUGCGUGAUGCUCUGGUGUGUUCUAUCGCUAAUUCUGGGGGUUAUGUGAAACUGGAUGUCACACGCAGCUAUUCUUCAAGGCUUUUCUCGAUUCCUAAUUCGGCGUGAGUGUCAGCACUGUAGUGGUGGUGCUAUUAGCACAGAGUUGAUACGGGUUUUUGCUUCAAGGUGUACUACUGUAUCAACGAAUCCUUCGAAUUUGAAUGUAAAGGUAUGAGGUUAGCUGCAAGCUUUCUAAUGUCAAAAUUGAUACGAGAUAACAGUUUAUGAAGAGUAGGCAGUGAAUUCGCAACAGAAUGAGAAGAGAGCUUAAUGAAGUGACUGGAAGCCAUUGCCUAAUAGCUAUCAGGAAAAACUUUGCACGUUAAGAACUGUGGCUCAAUCUAAAAACAAAACAAAUGUAGUGUCGACUUUCUCUAUAGGCAGUUAUAUAGCAAAUCAUCAACAAACAUAGAGAGGUAAAUUCUCUGUCUAAUGCUAUUGGCUUGUAUUGAGACUAUUCUUCAAAGCAGGUUUUGAGUGUUCUAACCCAAUAUGCAAAACAGUAAUUUCUUAAUCGUGUUGCGAGAGGGGGUGGGUUGCCACCUGCAAUCACUAUAAUCUGACGCACUACUGUCCACACAGACUGUUACAUCAUAACUACUAACUGAGCUGCAGUUUACACUUAGAAGUUCCAUACUAUUCUAUGAUAGCAUGGCAGUUGUGCUCAGUUACUGAUGGUUGGUCAAUUGCAGCCUACAUAAUAUCAUAAUCAUAUGUACUAGUAUACAUAAGUUGAUGAUAAUAUCAAGAGUUUGUGAUUACAUAGUUAUUUGAUUACGUAGUUAUGAGCUCUUGAUAAUAUGCUAUUUAUAUGAAAUAACGUAUUUAAAUAGUAUAUUAUGUGUGAGUGUUCAUGCAGUGAUUGAAAAGCAGUGACUUAGCACUGCUGUUACCUUAUCAUGCGUAUAAUAGGCUAUUAUUAUGCGAAACUUGCUCUGUCAAUAAUUAUCAGUUUUGGUAUGAAUAAUUGGUAACGUGAAUAUUUCUUUAAGUAAAUUGUAGAGGAAACAAACAGACACCUCAAGGGAAAACAUUUUCAAAGGCAGUUCUGCAGCCAGUUAGUGGUUAAGUGGUGUGUAUGUUUAGCGUAGUAUUGAUCGUAGCGUAAAGUUAUGGGAUUUUGUCUCUAGAAAAUCUACUAUUUGUGUAUGUUCUCUGUUGUCAUUUUAUAAAAUCUUGCAAACCUUGGGUAGUUUGCAAGAAAUU